ACGAACUUUUUUAAGUAGGAACACAGUGUGCAAUUUGUAACUAUAUUGGAGUACACUUAGCCACGUGGUUUGUUAUAAUAUUGGAGGACACUGUUAAAACAAUGCGAGAUAUCCGAUUAGAAACACAUGUGAACUGUACCUUAAUAUGAUGUGACUUAUUAUUUUGUAGCACAAACAUUUUGCUUGAGAAAAUGUGAUAUUUAGCAAUAAUGGAUGCUCCGAAAAACUUUUCUGCGAAUUUAAAUGCUUUAGGAAAGAGCAUGUCAUAUCUAACUUUGUUCAAUACAACAGGAAUGACCACAGUAUUGCAGUCAUUUCAUGAAAAUGAAUCUCUGUACUUUUUAAACAACUCAAAUAUUAGUACGACCGCUUCAGAACAAAGUUUCAACACUGAUGAAAUCGCCACAUUACACUCAAUUGAAAGUUAUUUAUGGACGUAUGUGUCGCCCGUCCUAAUCCUUGUUGGAGUUUUUGGAAAUUGCUUAAGCAUUGCUGUUCUGAAAAAGAUGAGAUUUUGGCGACGGACGCCGUUGUUUUUAUUAGUAGUUUUAGCCGUAACGGAUAUAACAGUGUUGUUAGAUGGCCUUCUACGCUAUUGGAUUAACUAUGCGUUUAAAAUAGACAUUCGGACAUUGUCAAAUGCAAGCUGUAAAAUUAAUUUAUUUGUGAUUUAUAUUGCUAUGCAAUACUCUUCUUGGAUUCUUGUUUGUAUGAUCAUUGAUAGAUUUCUCAAAACAAAUUUUCCAUUUUUAUAUAUGCGUGUAGCCACUAUGAAGAAAACCUGUCUCAUCAUUUCAGUUCUAUUUAUUAUAUUAGCAGGGAUAGACUUACAUUUCUUCUGGACAAAUGGAAUAAAAGAUGGAGAAUGCGAUGACUUAAACCAAAAAUACCAUAACUUCGGGGAAUUUGUUUUUGUAUAUAUAGAUAUUGUUGUUUUAUCUGCGUUGCCUUUCUUAAUAAUGCUGAUUCUGAAUGUGUUCGUUUAUAGAGCUCUAAAAAGACAUCAUGAAUUUAGGAGUACAUCUAUUGUUGAGUCACGGCAUAGCAAGAGAAAAAGAGGUAAUAGACGACAAUUCAGUAAGAAACUCACUCGAAUGUUACUUUUUACCAGCGCAUACUUUUUAUGCUCAACAGUCCCUAUAAGUGUAUACUUUAUUUACGAUUCUUAUGUGAAAUUUGAAGAUGAUUUAAAUAACGCGAAGAAGGAUGUUGCAUGGUCGGUGAUGUAUUUAUUUCAAUACUCAAAUUAUUCGCUCAACUUUGUUUGGUAUGCUGCUUGGAACAAAGUGUUCAGAGAAAAAGCUAAAGAAAUCUUCGGGUUUAAACCAAAAGGAUUCCGAUACCAAAAUGCAACUAGAAAGAACAAUCGAAGAUCUUCUUCUAUUUCUCAUAUGACGACGUCCAUUGAUAAUUCAAUUAACGAAGGUGUGUCUGAGACAUAUGAUGAACAUUCGGACUACUCAGAGGAUAUUCAAACAAAUGCGAGUAAAUAUGUUGAUCCAAAUCCUAAUACUCAAUCCGCGUCUGUAUCAAUGAACACAUACGAACAUAUGUAA